AUGGCAUUCAGCAUCUCAUCGUUAUCGCCAACUACAAAGAGGGAUUCUGGAGCCUUUUUUGUAGCAUACGGGUUUGCAGUGGCGCAAUGGACGUCGCUGUCGCUGAAGCUCAGCUGCACGCCUGCAAUGCCCAGCUUCCCCGAAACACGGCAGAGGCUGUCGCUUCUUGGGCUCGUGGCGAUUAUCUACUACUCGGUUUCCGGAGGUCCCUAUGGCGUCGAGGAUGCAGUCUCUUCUGCUGGCCCUUUGCUGUCCCUCACAGGCUUUCUCGUCAUGCCUCUGGUCUGGUCGGUACCAGAAGCACUGGUUACGGCUGAGCUUGCAACUUGCUUCCCUAGCAAUGCUGGCUUCGUGGAGUGGGUGACUGCUGCUUUUGGUCCAUUUUGGGGCUUUGUGGAGGGAUUCCUGUCUUGGCUGAGUGCAGUGGCCGAUGCCUCCCUGUAUCCAGUCCUUUUUCGGGACUACUUGGUGACAGUUUGGCCUGAGAUUGGAUCUGGCGUUGCGGGUCACAUCUUCAUCGCCGUGCCAACACUUGCUAUCACUGCCUUGAACUAUGUUGGUUUGAGUAUCGUGGGCUGGGUUGCAUUCGCGCUUGCAGGGUUCGUUCUGUCCCCAUUCGCCUUCAUGGUUGUGGUCGGUGCACCGAAGAUUGAGCCGUCCAAGCUACUCAUCUCUCCUCCUGCUUCAGAGGUCGACUGGUCAGGCUUUCUGAACGUCCUCUUCUGGAAUCUCAACUACUGGGAUUCGGCUUCAACGCUUGCGGGUGAAGUUCAAGAUGUGGAGAGAUCGUAUCCAAAGGCUUUGGGACUGGCUUUGAUCGCCGUGGUACUUUCGUACCUUCUCCCGUUGUUGAUCGGCCUUGGCAUCCCUGGGCCAACGGCUGAUUGGAAGAACUGGCAGUCAGGGGAGCUGGCCGUUGUGGGCGGUCAAUUGGGUGGCCCAUUCGUUAAGUCAUGGGUCAUUGCCGGUGCAGCUGUCAGCUGUCUCGCUCAACAAUUAUCAGAAAUGGCAGAGGGUGCUUUUCAGCUCCAAGGCAUGGCAGAAGAUGGAUGGUUGCCGAGCUUCUUUGGACACCGAUCCCGGUACGACACCCCUUCUGUUGGCCUGCUCUUGAUUGCAAUCCUGGUUUUGGUGCUGAGCUCUUCCUCAAGUUUCAGCGCCAUUGUGAAUGUGCUCAACGCCGUCUAUUGCAUUGCGCAGGUACUGGAGUUUUCUGCAUUUCUGCACCUCAGAAGAAGACACAAUGACAUGGAACGCCCCUUCCGCGUUCCCUGCUCUUUUCAGGUGUGCUGCCUCAUGCUGGCGCUCCCCCUGGCCUUCUGCUUCGUUCUAUUGAUUCUGCCCUUCUUCGCUGGAGACUGGCUGCAGGUUGGUGCUAUUGGUGGUUCAGUCGCGAUGGCUGUCCUUCUUCACUGCUGUUUGGAAUUCUGCCGUCGACAUGGCUGGUUGCACUUUCGGAGGCAGCCCCCUCGUGGACUCGAAGACAUCCUCGCAGCUCAAGCCUCCCAUUUCGCCAGCACAGCCUCGGAAAGCCCGCAGCACGGAUCUGAGACCUUUGGUCAGUCCGAUCUACAGAUGUUGUCGCAGACUCUGACAUCGUUGGCUCAGGCACACGGGGCCCAUUCCUUUCAUGUGGUUCUUGCUAUGGAGGCACGCGAAGGCCCAGCAGGAUUGGAGAAGGCCGCGCAGCUCGACCGCGGUUUCUCCAAGUAUUUUUCCACGUUUCGAAGCACCAGUCAUCCCUCCAAUCUGCGAGAGGAGCAUGCGGACGGCUCAUGGGAUCCGGAAGUGCCUGGGAAGGCUUCGAAUGUGAAGUGGGCUGUUCGGGAGGCUCACAGAGAGCUUCUCAAGGAGUCCGUGGAUCCCGCUUCAGUGAUCCUGACAGUUGCAGAUGCAGAUGUCGUUUUCCAUCCAAGAUAUUUCAGCCACUUGACUAGGGACUUCGGCACUGUUCGCCGGCGUGGAGGUGGCUGGCACGAGUGGACCAUUUGGCAAGCACCACAGCUGCCAUUUCGGAAUUACUAUGCGUCGCCGGCUUGUUCCAGGGUGUGGGCCUAUGUUGCGUCAAUUUGGGAAUGUGGUGGGGUGGCAGGCCUCAGCUUCGGCAGCGAGCAUUUUGCUUUUAGCACCUACUCGCUGCCGCUGCUACUGGCAGUGGAGGCGGAAGCCCACGAGGGAGAUGUGAUUGCAGAGGACCAUCACUGUUACAUUCGCUGCUUCUUUUACAGCGCUGUGAAGGAAGCCGCGCUCGCUCAGGGAGGCCAGGAGAUUCCAACAUGGCGAGGCCUGGCCAGGGCACACCUUCGACCAAUCUUCUUGCCUGUGAAGUCCACAUCUGUCGUUUCAGACAAGGGUGUCUGGCAGACUUGGAUUGACAGGUGGUUUCAAGCCAAGAGACAUGCUCAGGGCGUUGCUGAGCUCUCCUUCUUCGCUCCCAGACUGCAACCUAGGACCUAUGCGGCUUCACCUGCGAAGAUGCAAGAAAAGAUGAGAAGAAACGACCCCAAAUUGUAUCUCAGGCUAUGUCUGCAACAAAUGUUUGGCCCUAGCGCUGUAUUUUUCGUGUCGGGUGUAAAUCCAAACUGA